GUAAAGCCGAUCUCUUCCAAACUCCGUGCGUGUAGAAAUUACGCGCUUUUGCCUCUUAAAAAGCCUCGAUGGCGCAUUCUCUGGUACUCUUGCUCACUCUGCAACACUCGCCCGCGCACUCUCACUUCUCACUUCUCACUUCUUCCAGUUUUCCAUCGACAUAAUCGACUCACAAAUCAUUCGUUCACGUUGAUAUCUUUCACACUAGGGUUUGUGAAGACUGAGCACGUGAUCAGAGAAUGGUGUCCAAAAGUUUUCUAAACAGAUCGAAGGGAUUGAAGAAGAAAACCUACGAGUUAUCUACGCUAUGUGGGGUUGAUGCUCUAAUGAUUGCGUACGAAGGUGAAGGCUCGGAGGAGCCUCAUAUAUGGCCGGAGGAUCCGAAAGAAAUCGAGCGCAUCAUAAAUCGGUACAAAGGUCUCAACGAAGACGACAGGAGCGGAAAGCGAAGGAAGCUCGAUGUCUCUGGCUUUCUUUCGGAUGUGAAGAUGGCCAUAGACGAUCAAAUGGAUGGGUUUUCUAACGCUCAACUACAGGAGGUUUUGGCUGCAUUGGAAUCCAAGCUAGCACUGGUGCGGUCGAUGAAGGAGGAGGUAAAUGCUAAGAAGCAAGAGAAAAGCGUUCGUUUGAAGCAAACGGAGUUGGGGACUGAAACAUUGAAGCUAGUUUAUGAGAGUCAUCCUAUUCAUCAUCAUCACCAUCAUCUAUUGUCUGAUGAGAACCCCGUGAGGACGGCGACCAUGACAGAUUUGCAUCCUUCUGAUAUCUCCACUCAGGAUCCAUUGGCAAUGAUAUUGAUGCAAGAUUUGCAACUGUAUCGAGGGUUAGCUUUUUGACCAAAUCACAAUGUAUACAAACUAUGACACUGCCAAUUUUGAAAUUAUUUUGUACCAUCUUUUAUUUAUUAUCAUUGGAGGUCUAUGAUAGUUGGGAAGCCACAGCUAGUGGUUCAAUUUUGCAUA